GAAACGCUACAAAAACGAAAAUAAGAUUCAGUUCUAAUAGAGUCUACAUCUAGAUCUAUAAACAGUAAACAUCUAGAUCUAGAUUUAGAUUAGAUCUAGUCUACAAUCUAAUCUUCUUAUCUGACAAAAGCGGAUGUAGCCAAGUUUCUGUGCCUGCAAUUAUGUCUGGUUUCUCACAUUCUAAUAAAAUUUCUAAGUCUGCUGUUUUGUUCCUAAUGCUUUGAAAAUUUAUUACUAAGGUUUUAAGACCACACUUGUAUUGUUAUGGGGUCCAAAAAGCACAAAGAAAAAGAUCGAGAGGGCAAAAAGAAGAGAAAGCAUCGAUCAAGGUCACGCUCUAGAGAAAGAAAGAGGCGACACAGAGAGAGGUCAAGGUCAACUGACAGAGAUGCCUUAGAAUUUCUACAAAAGGAAAGAGGUUAUCCAGAUAGUAGAGAAAUUGCAGAGAGGAAUCAGCCCCAAGACAAUUAUUAUGGCGAUUCUCGAGAUUAUUCUCACAGGGACUACCCAUCAUCAUCUGCCAUGGAGUACAGAGAAGAGCAUGACAAUAACCAAGCCAGUGGAGAUGGGUCAAGCUUGAGCAUUGAAGAGACAAACCGUCUCCGAGCCAAGCUGGGUCUAAAGCCACUGGAAGUUUCAGACUCAAAGGGAGAAGACAAAUCCAAAAAGUCGGAUGGAGUUCAUGUUCCUGCUGUAAACCUGGGACAAUUAAGAAAGACAGAGUCCUUAAGGGAAAAGAUGGUCAAUAAAAAAACACAACGUGAGAUGGAAAAAAAACUCAGAACUGUAAAAGGAUUGGGUGAUAGUGAUAGUGAAGAUGAAGAUGCCUCUGCCUGGGUUUUAAAAAGCAGAAAACUACAACAAGAGAAAGAAAUGGCAGAAAAACGAGCCAAAAUGUUGGAAGAAAUGGAUGAAGAUUUUGGCAUUGGCAGUCUCGUUGAGCAGGAAUUUAAAAAAGACAAGCGCUACACACAGCAAGAUCUGCGAGGAUUAAAAGUAGAGCACUCUCUAGAGAAGUUUGAGGAGGGAAGAAAUGUAGUUCUCACCUUAAAGGACAAAGGAGUGCUGGAUGAAGAAGAAGGUGAUGUUUUGGUUAAUGUCAACAUCCAGGAUGAUGAAAGGGCUGAGAAGAACAUUGAGAACAAGAAGAGCAAGCCCGACUACAAACCUUAUGAUGAACCAGAAUAUGAUGAAUAUGGCAUGUUAAAACCCAGCAAUCUUCUGUCUAAAUAUGAUGAAGAAAUUGAAGGGGCUAAAAAGGAAUCGUUUGUGUUGGGCUCUGGGGGCUCCUAUGAUGCUGCACAUGAAAAGCGAAUGGCAGAAAUCAGGCAGGCUCUGAGAUCACAAGGGCAAAGUUUACAGAUGGCCCCACCAACAUUGUUGACAGAAUAUCUGACUCCAGAAGAAAUGGAGGCAGCCAAAUUUAAGAAAGUCAAGAAGAAAGUGAGAAAAAUCAGAAGCAAAGCAGCUGUCCUGAAGGCAGAUGAUUUACUUCCACUCAGUGAUGCAACAUCAACUCAAGACUAUGGGUCCAGAUCACGAGGGCGAGGCCGCAUUGAGGUAGAUGACACAGAGGAAUCUAAUGAAGGAGCAGAACAAAAGAUGGACAUUAAACAAGAAAUAGUUGUUCAAGCAGAAUCAGUGUCAUUACCAAUCAAAGCAGAACUCGAUGAUUCUGACCUGAUUGGCCCAGAUGAAGAUCUGGCAGGUGUAGCCGUAGAGGAAGAAGAUGUGCAGAAUGAAUUACAAGGAAUGUUGGCCAGAGCGCGCAAGUUGAAACUAAAAAAAGAGAGGCAGGCAACACAGGUAUCAGUGAUAGAUUUAAUCAAACCAGAGCAGGAAGAGAGUAACAGCAAGGAACUGGCUGUCAAUAUAAUAUUAAACUCUACCUCAGAGUUUUGUAGAAACUUAGGAGAAAUCCCCACCUACGGUCUUGCUGGUAACAGGGAGGAAGACAGAGAGGAGAUAAUGGACAUGGAGCUAGAGAUGCUGGAACAGAGAAAGAAGAAGGAGGAACAGGAUGAGACCACAGGAGGCUGGAAUGAAGUGGAUAUUGAUGAUAAUCCAGUCGAUAUCCGGCCUGAAGAAGCAUCAGUUCUGGAGGAGGAACCUAUCGCUCAUGUGGGUGUCGGCUCAGCUCUGAAAUUAGCAAUGAAAAAAGGGUACUUGGAAGAUGAGGCACCCAAGAAACUACCCACACUUUCUACAAAAUAUUUGGAACUUCAGGCACAAAACUACACUAUUCAAGACAAAAGAUAUGAUGACUUGGAUGAAAAGAAUCGCAAGCGUGACAGGUACCAGGGAGGAAUGAUCACAGAGUUUAAAGAGAAGGACAGCUAUAAGCCGGAUGUGAAGUUGGACUAUGUUGAUGACAGUGGUCGAAAUCUGAGUGCCAAAGAGGCCUUCCGUCAACUCAGCCAUAGGUUCCAUGGCAAAGGCUCUGGCAAAAAGAAAACAGAAAAGAGAAGCAAAAAAGUGGAAGAAGAAUUGUUGAUGAAACGCAUGAGUUCAACAGACACGCCACUUAACACACUGAGUUUGCUGAAAGACAAACAGAAGACUGAGAAGUCUCCAUACAUAGUCCUCAGUGGUAGUAAAGGAUUCACAUCCAACAACAUUGUGAAACCAACAUGAUGAGUUGAAUGUGGAAACAUUCUUCUUAGUCAUCUUUGACAAGAGACAGUGCACUCUCUUGUUUUGAAAAUCAUCUUUAGACAGUGCACUCUCUUGUUUUGAAAAUCAUCUCUAAACAUUGCACUCUCUUGUUUUGAAAAUCAUCUUAUAGACAUGGCACUCUCUUGUUUUGAAAAUCAUCUUAUAGACAUUGCCAGAGUGUUUUACAGACAUUGGUUUCUGUUCUUUGGCACACAGUAACUGUAGUGAGAAGUUCUGAUUCUGUUAGUGGGUGCUAAUAAAACAAAAAUGUGACUGUAUUUAUGAAGAUUGCUGUAAUGAAUUCAUGUGAGUUUCUGCUUCCUGUCCAUAUGUCAUCAAUAAACUUAACACUAUUGUUAGCCAAAUACAACCUUCGGCUUCAGGACAGAACAAUAAUUAGUUGAUUUUUUAUUUUUUGUACUUGUACUGUGUACAGAAAUAAAGUUAUUUUAAAAUAUG